AUGAAUACUGCAGAAAUGGAUAUAGAUAUCGAACCAUUUGUCACGAUUGACCCUAACGUCAAAAGAACUGUAAUGAGGCCAGGAUCGCACUCUCAAACAACCACCACAAUUACAUUUGAAAAUUCUAAACCGCAGCCUUUCAAGCAGAAUCGAACAGGAUUCGUACACGAUGAAAGGUUACGAUUUCACGCCGAUUUGAUCCAAUCAGACUUCCAUCCGGAGGACCCAAGAAGAAUAACUAGUGUAGCAAAGGUCCUUGAACAAUACAAAUGCACAGAACAACUCGUAAAAAUACCGGCAAGAAUAGCAACAAAAGAAGAGAUAUGUUUGGUACACUCUGACAAGCACUGGUGCGAAGUUGAAAAAACUGCAGUAAUGAAGUUUGAUCAAAUAAUCGAAGCUAUGGAUAAAUAUGAUUCUAUUUAUUUAAAUAACGAUUCUGCUUUCUGUGCACGCCUUGCUUGCGGCGGAGUAAUUGAGCUUUGUAAGGUUGUGAUGCAGGGAACAGUGACAAACGGUUUUGCAAAUGUCCGACCUCCAGGACAUCAUGCUGAGCCAGAGGAGGCAAUGGGAUUCUGCCUCUUCAAUAAUGUCGCCGUCGCAGCCCAAUGUCUGAAGAAACAUUAUAAGGUCGAUAAAAUAUUAAUUGUCGAUUGGGAUGUUCAUCAUGGAAACGGAACACAAAAAGCGUUUUAUGAUGACCCAGAUGUCGUUUAUUGUUCAAUACAUCGCUACGAAAAUGGAGAUUUCUAUCCAGGAUCUGAACAAGCAAACUACACCCAUACCGGAUCUGGGGCGGCGAAAGGACGAAACAUUAACAUUCCCUGGUCUCGUGCUGGGAUGGAUGACAAUGAUUAUAUAUAUGUAUUCGAUAAGAUUGUUAUGCCUAUAGCUGAUGAAUUUGCCCCCGAUAUUGUUAUAGUUUCGGCGGGAUUCGAUGCUGCUGCAGGGGAUUCAAUUGGUGAAAAUUAUGUAACUCCGAAAGCUUUUGGGCAUAUGACUCAUCGGCUCAAAACUUUAGCAAAUGGCAAGCUUGUAUUAGUACUAGAGGGUGGCUACAAUAUUGACUCGAUGAGCCUUUGCGCCCUAUCUUGCGUUAGAGUAUUGCUCGGUGAAGCGCCCGAAAGUCUACCACCCAUGAAACCAAGCAAAGAUUGCAUUGAAACAGUACAUAACGUAAUACACGUACAAUCACGAUAUUGGAAUUCAUUGGCGCCCAAAUAUUUUGAAAUAUCUGAUGGUAUGAAAAGGUCUUACACGGUUGCGGGAGUACUGUAA